ACACUAACUGCUGAGAAUGAGGUGGAAGCCCUUAAAUUGUCUAAUAACUAUAAGUUUGGCUUUAAAAAAUGGAAAAGUCACGUAACCGCACGCCCAUGGGAAGAUCGAUCUGAAAUUGUAAAAGAACUCUACUCUGACCUGAAGGUGGUGAAAACUGCAGUCACCUCGCAAAUAAGCAUUGGCAACAUACUUUAUGUACUUCUCUUUGGAUGGUGGAUCGCUCUGCUUUACCUUUUGGUAUCUGUCCUUAUGUUUCUCUCCAUACUAGGAUCCCCUUAUGGUGUGCUUUGUUGGAGGCUUGCAGGAUUCUUUAUUUGGCCAUUUGGAAAAGUGAUCCUAGAGAGUGGCACAAAGCAUAACAGAAAAUGCUGUGUGAGAUUCACGAACUGUGAUGCCAUACCAGAGGUGGAUGAGCAGGAGAAAACUCCCCUCAUAGAGAAUUGUGAGAAUGUACAUUCAGAUUUCCAG